GUCCAUAUGAAAUUAAUGCCAUGCAUGUAACAUUCUUCGUUCACCGAGGAAUAUUCAAAUACAUAUUACAAAUCUGUUAAAGAGAAACCUUAAGCUAAGUAUAAAAUACUCGACGGGCCGUACAUCGGGGAGCACGAUGUAAUCUCUAAUCGCUAAGAAGCUUCGGAAACUAUAAAAUUAUUAUUUAAGGGCUUUGGCCGAAUUUGAGCCUCGUCUACUACCACGGCAUAGAAAAGGAUACCAAGUGUCGGGGUAGUGAGUGAGUGAGUGAGUGUGAACGAAGGGGAUCCGAAGAAAAAUUGAAAAUCGCGACUUCGCCGAAAAGAAAGGCGUCUCGUGCACGCGAGUGUGUAUUGCCGGCAUAAGCGCGAUCUGGAAGGAAGGUUGUGGUGUAUUAGGGAUUGCGACGGCGUCGACGACCUGUAGAAGACGACACCUGCUUCGCUUGAAACGGAAGACCGGAGAGACACGGUGACGGUGGGGGCGGCCAUACUCAAACAACCGCCGAGCGAAGUGCACGGCACAGCGCAGAAAUGAGACGAUAAUAAAACCGUAUUAUACCACCGGAACAACUUAGGGACGAGGUGUAACGGAUGUAAGUGCCUCCGUUCGAGACGGGAAAGAAAAAAAUCCACGGAAGGAAGUGAAAACGGAAGUGCGAGAAGUGUGACAAAAAGAGGAUAGCGGCCCGACGAAUCGAGGCGCAAAGGACGAUAUGAGUGCGAAAACGGACGUGAACAGGCGGGUCUUAGCAAUUCAGGCCAAGAAAAAAAGACACAAGCCAAGCAAGAGGAAAGGAAAGGGGAAUUCCCAGGGUGAAUCAGAGACACCAGGAGCUCAAUGCUCGAAGGCACCAUGCACUCAACAAGAACAAGAGAUAAACCUCGCAAAGAGAAAAACUUUGAAAGAAGAUUUCAAACUUCCACGUUUUCACUCGUUAGAUGCUCUGAGAACGGAACUAUGUCCUAGUUCGAGUAAUGAAACAAUAGAGGACGAUGACGAAUUGCACAGUAGUGAAGAAGAAGAGCAAGAGGACAGCAAUGAUUAUUGUAAAGGAGGAUAUCAUCCAGUCAGAAUAGGAGAUUUAUUCUUAAAUCGUUACCAUGUAGCUCGUAAACUUGGCUGGGGCCAUUUUUCAACGGUUUGGCUAUGCUGGGAUUUACAGGAUAAACGGUUUGUGGCACUUAAAGUGGUGAAGUCUGCAACGCAUUUUACUGAAACUGCAUUGGAUGAAAUUCAAUUAUUGAAAGAUGUGCGUGAUACGGAUCCUACUGAUCCUAAACGCAAUAAAACCGUCCAGUUGCUCAAUGAUUUCAAGAUCAGUGGCAUUAAUGGUCUGCAUGUUUGCAUGGUAUUUGAAGUGCUUGGACAUAAUCUUUUAAAACUGAUUAUUAAAUCCAGUUAUACAGGAAUUCCAAGGAAUAAUGUUAAACGUAUCAUCAGGCAGGUCCUUGAAGCACUUGAUUAUCUUCAUAAUAAAUGUAAAAUUAUUCAUACAGAUAUUAAGCCAGAAAAUGUUCUUAUUUGUGUUGACGAAGCUUACAUACGAAAGUUAGCUUGUGAAGCUACUGAACUGCAUUCUUUAGGAAUGAGAUUGCCAGUAUCAUUAAUUUCAACUGCACCAAAGGAAUUCCAAGAGCCCACUCGUAACUCCAAAAUGUCAAAGAAUAAAAAGAAAAAACUCAAGAAAAAAGCCAAACGUCAAAAUGAAUUAUUAAAAAAACAAAUGGAACAAAUUGAGGAAUUGGAGGAGCAAAAUAAAAUAGCAAAUAAUACAAGAGAAAAUGGAGAAUUAGAAACGAAUAGUCCGGAUCAGGAUAUAAAUACAGAAAGUAUAGAAGAUAAUUCUGAAAGCAAAGGUUCACCUGAUAUAUCAGAACCGUCAGCGCCUUCAUUGCACAUAAAUGGUGUGGAUAGUCUAGGAGGAGGAGAGAAAGUAGAGAAUCAAUUACCCCAACAACCGGAGAAGAUGGACAAUGCGAAUUUAUGUGAUGUAGAGAAAAGCUGUGGAGAAGGAAUGUUACCACCUGAUUAUGAAGAUACAGAUGAGUGUAGCGAGGGCCGUAAUUUACAACCACCUGAUAGUAAACAAUUGAAACGAACAUCCGUAGCUCCCUUAGAUCCUGCCAUAGUGGAAUGUGACGUUGAAGUAAAAAUAGCAGACCUCGGAAACGCAUGUUGGGUCAACAAAAAAUUCACAGAUGAUAUUCAAACCCGUCAGUACAGAUCAUUAGAAGUGUUAUUAGGAUCAGGAUACGAUACUUCUGCGGAUAUAUGGUCCACUGCUUGUAUGGCAUUUGAAUUGGCGACUGGUGACUAUCUUUUCGAACCACAUAGUGGCAAAGAUUAUUGCAGAGACGAGGACCAUUUAGCUCACAUUAUUGAAUUACUUGGAGAAAUACCAAAACGUAUUGCACUUUCUGGCAAAAACUCAAAAAUGUACUUUAAUAGGAAGGGAGAAUUAAAGCAUAUUAACGGAUUGAAGCCUUGGGGACUGUACGAGGUGCUUACAGAGAAAUAUGAUUGGUCACCGAGAGAAGCGCGCGAAUUUGCAGAGUUCCUAACUCCAAUGCUUGAAUUUGACCCGAAUAUGCGAGCUACAGCAGCAGAGUGCUUGAAGCAUCCGUGGCUGCAAAUCAAAAAGUGAUCGAGUUUUUUAUCGUUUUACCUUUAAAUUUUUCAAUUUUUACCAUCCUGAUAUAAUCAUAAGUCGAGAGUGUGACAAGAAGCAACGACCUGCAGGUGUCAGGUUCUCUUUCAUACUAUAUACAGUGCUUCAUUUCUAAUAUAACGAGUGCAUUAUUAUUGAAAACGCACACAAUGAAAUUAUUUAAUAUUUAAUAUACAUGAGCGAGUUGUAAUAUAUAGUAUAAUGUAUACAUAUACAUACGCAUAUAAUAUGUUUACGUAUGUAUAUGUAUAUUGUUAUAGAAUGGAAAAUAAUUAGGAAUCGAACUUAUAAAAUGUUACCAUUCAGAAUUUUUUAAUCUCUUUUAAAUGCUAAUAAUUUGAUACAAUUCUUAUUUGUGUCCGAAUUAAUGAUACGGGUAAUUUCAAGUGGCGAGGGAGAAAAAAAUUGAAUUAUAGAUGGAAAAGGAGCUUUCUACAUUUCGCCAAAUUCCGUAAGCAGUUGGGUACGCUUCUGGUUGUAACACUCUCGACAGUGGCUGCCUGUUUGUAUAUUUAUAAAUUUGUUAAAUCAUGUUUUUCAUUUAGUAAUGAUAUCUUAAAUUAAAAUUUCGUAGUACUUUAUUAUUUUACACGAUCAUCAUUGGAUUAUCCUUCGUACUUGUCACUUAAUUUAUCAAUAAGUAUCCCAAGAGUCAUGGGACCUACUCAUAAUAUACUUUUAAGCAAGAACAGGCGCAAUGUUAAAUUUUGCGUUACAUUAAUCGAUUUGGGAAUUCGUUAAUAGCUGGUUUUCCAUUGUGAUCUCUCUUUGUGCUUAAUUAAUGUUCGAGAAGAUUUAAUAACGAUUAAUAUUAUUAUGUUGAUACUAAUUAAAAUGAAAGAAUACUCAUUGCACGUACGUUGAAACGUGUGUUCAAGGAACUGAACCUUUGUACAAAUUUAAUGUAUGCAGACAUACGUGGAUGGUUUUAAGAGUUGGUCGCCAGAUUCUUGGUAGAAUGGUUAAUACAAUAUUAAUUACGAUUCGGAAUAAGACAGUGCAUACUUUAUUUGUACCAACCUAAGUCACUAUAAUUUAGUCUACUUAAAUAUUAUACGUCAUCAAAUUUCAAGCGUUAUAAACAAUAAAUUCAUGUUUCAAAUGAAACAGGAUAUUUGUAAUAAUAUUAUUCUAUAUAAUUCAAUAUUCGCGAAAAUACCUUAUAAGUAUAUGUAUGGUGUAUGUAUAAAUACAUACGCGCGCGCGCGUGCGCUAUAUGCACACACAUACAUACACUGUCUGAUUUCGAAGAACGAUCGAGGAACUGAUUAUGGCACAUAUUUUUGUUCAAGUUACUAUAAGUUUCUUUAUACUAAUAAGGCAUAACAUAUACAUAAUGUAAAAUCACGGUAAAAUGAGGCGAGUUUCUAGAUUGCGAACGAUACUUUUGAUUAACAUAAAAAUAAUAUUGUCAUACGUGGAUAGAAGUAUAUGUGAUGUUAUGUUCUGUGCGACCUUUUCUUCGAGCUGUUGACUGACUAUUGAGCUCUCUGUCGAUAACUUGUCUUCUAUUUUAUAACGAAAGCGAAACAGUACGCUCACUGGAUAUUCGACAUUGCAAACCUACAUUGCACUGUUGAAUUCUAUUUUAUGCUUCCAAACGAAUGUUCUGUUUCGCUUCGCCUGCCAGUUUAAGAUCGUUUUCGCUGGGGAAAAAAGGUAUUAUCAAUCGAAAACAUUUCAUAUAAAACCAAGGUGGAGACGCAUAUAAAGAAUACUUAUCAAUAGCGUUGCAUUGAGUAGACGGUACAAUUUUUUCCGGGUAAAAGAGGAUAAUCGCGUCGCGUUUUAAAUUAAAUGUAAUUUUUGUUGAGAAAGGUUAAUGAAAUUAAUGUAUAUUUAACGCAAUCGUUAUGAAGAUUACACAUGUACUCUGUCUUAAAAAAGAAGCAUUUACAAAUUACAAUUAGAAAAUAUUCACUUUUACAGUACAUAUAAAACGGGGUAGCAAGUAAGAUGAUCACAGUAAAAUUUCCCUCUGUUCUUGUAUAUAUCCUUACAUAGUGCUGUCUACGAACAGGUCGGUCCCUGUCGCACAUGUAUUAAUUACGUUCACUUGUUUUUCUGAUUCUACAAGUAUAGAAUUCUCAGAAUUUGGUUACGGACAGCACUGUUCUAUGUGAAAAGUGCCUCUUCUACCCGUACUAUGGUGUAUAAAAUUGUAAUCAGAGAAAUACAUAAAAAAAAAAAUAUCAUGCUCUAGGAACUUAAACGGUUCUCUCUUUGUUUCAGACUAUACUCUUUUAACUUUUCUUUCUUAUAAUUAUGCGACCCCACCAUAAUUAACGAUUUUGGGACUGAUGAUGGCAGUCGUGUUGAAUUUGUACAGUACGCAAUGGAAGUUAUAUAGUAGAUAUGCAUAUUAUAUAUGUAUAUAUAUAUAAUUAUAUAUAUAUACAUAUGUAUACCGGUAUUAUUUUAUGAAACGCGGCCAGUGAAAUCCGUAGGGGAACGGAUAAGAGUACAAGAGCACAGAAUGAUCGCAGAAAACAUAAAACAAUGGAAAUAAGGAACGCCUUGGAACAUGUCUCGAGCUUCUCGCCUGACCGUCCUUUAUCGCUGAUCUAUCGACGAUCGUUACGCCAUUGUAUGUCAACAAUAAUUUUACACUAUCGACGUGAAUGUAUAAUAAGAAUGUUAAUUGUUAUCAACGACGAAGGUACAUCGUGUUAAUAGCGGCGAAUGCUAAUUACCGAUUAUGCAACUAAGAUCCAAGUUGUACGAUAAACGAUCGAUCGCUUUCACCGGUAUAUUAACGGAUUUCAAGAAGGCGCGAUUUCAUCGCGUGACCGGACAUAACGAUUAUACAUACGAAAAUGACACACACACACACACACACACACACACACACACAGAGAGAGAGAGCCAAACUGAAUGAUAAUUUACGUAGGUGUGAUUCGCUGCUUGGCGCUAGGGUAGUUAGGAUGAAAUUAACAAACAUUAACAGUAAAAAAAAUGUGUAUAGCUUGAUGUAUGAGAGAUUCCUUACUUCCGCCUAUCUUCACUUACCCCCUACUGCCUCUGAUGGUAACGAGCAAGAUCAUUGUAUUCGUAAGGUCAAAAUCCCAAAAAUUCAAUGCACGUUCUUCUCCGUCGACAAGUGACAAUGAUUCACAUUGAUAUAUAGAAUGCGAAGGUCAGACAGAGAUUGACUCGAUUUCAAGAAAAAAAGCGUGGUUUGCAUAGGGACCUACGUACAAAAUCCGUUAAGUGAUCCAUGUUUUCAUCAGUGGGAUUGCUUCCAUACGCUGUGCGAGCGCUUCACGGAGGAAACUGAUUCCGAUGUGUUGAUUCUGCAAAUCGCAGUUU